AUGAACAGAGGACAAACAAUAUUGGCGUUGGCACAAUACAUUGAAAACAAAGUAAAUGUUAACAGAUCUGAAACAGAGACUAAAACAACAAACAUUAGUAGAACACUGUUUCCAGUCUCAUCAUCUAGUUCCUCCUCAUCGUUAAGUUCAUCCUCGUCGUGUAGUUCCUGCACAUCGACUUCAAGUUCAAGUUCUUUGCAUCCUGCAUUAGAAACAAAUCUACAAUCUCCAGUUAGAGAGUCGACUGCAUGUCCAGUAAAUGAUACCAAGAAUGAUGAAGAUGAAGAAAAUAACAGUGAGUUUUCAUCAGUUUCUAACUAUGAUAGAACAUAUCAACCUCCUACUAAACAAGCGCGUCGAAGAUUAUCAGCUAGUUCAUGCUCAUCAACAAGUUCUACAGAUGGAGUUCAGCAUAUACCCAGAUCUGGAAAAAAAUCUGCAAACAUGAGGCGUGCUAUUGUUGCUAAGAAUUUGAGAAAUUUCAGGGCAACAAUACGUAAAGCUGGUAAAAGAUGGUUAGAGCUCUGUUUGAAACGAAGACCUAAAAUUUCAAUUGGAAAAUCUGAGAACACCUUAAUUGCACUAGCUUUAGAAAUUUUGAAAGAAAUAGUCGAUAAAUAA